CGGGCUAACAAAAUGGAUUCUGAACUAAAACACCAAUUUGAUGAGAUGGGCGUGGAGCCCAGCGAUGACGUUUUGGAGAAAUGCAUAGAACUGGCUCUCACAUACAGCAUUCACGAUGCCACCGAAUUUGUGGAGCAAUGGAUGGCUUUCAGUUUGUCGCAUCUGCACGGUGAGGAUCCAACGGCCGCAAACCUUGGCGAAUUCGAGCGCAAGGUGCUACAAGUGAAGCGUGAAAAAGUUGGUACAACAAAGUUAACACAUCACACCAAAUCCCAACCGUCUGCAUUAGAAACGAGUUCUCUGGCUACUUACGGCCUGAUUGAAGAUGAUCCUAUGAUGGAUGAUUAUGUAGGCGACUCUACGUCCACACAGCCGCACACGCCCAAAGCCCGCAAUGAACGUGCUCGAACUUCAAUAAUGAAGAGUGGCAUGGUCUUCAGUCCCGCCAGCUACACGCCACAGUCGGCAAGGAGGACUCCGGCUGCGACUACAACAACCACUACUGGUAAGCCCGGUGACAUAGUCGACACAUUUGGUCAUCCCAAGCUGUUAGCUGGCUGCACAUGGCAAUCCCAGGUGGAGCAACCCUUGCCCGUAGUCCAGAAGUUGCUCCACAAUGAUGCACCUUUGACAGUCGCCAAUCUAAGGUACAUGAACGACUUGCUCUAUGACAGAUGUGAUGACUUGCAUGAUCGCAUAGUAGAUAUUGGCCAGGCUCUUGUAGACAAGAAGCUGGGCGCUAAGGGUGCCGCUGAAUGCAGCUGGUAUCCACAGGAUAGACACACGCUGGACGCACUGCACGUACUGCAUGCCGUGGGCAUGAUACAUUCCGAUGAUGACGGCCCACUGGAUGCUCACUCCGCGCUGCUGGCAGUGCUAAAUACUGACGAAAAGUGCCUGGCGCUAAACUUCUCGCAGAUCAAGUCGGCCAGCAUAUUUCCGGGUCAGGUUGUGCUGGCUAAAGGUUUCAUACCCCGUGGAGACACUUUUGUGGUGGAGGAGAUUUACACAGAUCGCAAGCUGACGCUGCCGCCGCCACUGAAAGUUGAUCGCGAUGUGCAGUUUGUGGUCGCAGCUGGACCGUACACCCACAAUACAGAUCUUUUCUAUGAUCCACUACACGAACUGCUCAAAUACCUUAAGGAGCACAGACCCGAUGUGCUGCUGCUGACAGGUCCUUUUGUCGACGCCGAGCACAAGCUUGUCGGAGAUCUGGCCGAGACCUUUGAUUCCUUCUUCGAAAAGAUGAUUUCUGGCAUCAUGGACGUGGUGGGCAGCAGCACCACAGUGCUGCUGGUCAGCUGUCAAAAGGAUGCAAUGGCCCCAGCGGUUUAUCCCACGCCAUCUCUAGCACUGCGGAAAACAUAUCCAAAUCUGCAUAUGCUGCCGGAUCCCUCGCUGGUUGAUCUGGAUGGAGUCACGCUGGGCGUCACUUCAACGGAUGUGCUGGACCAUUUGCUGAGCCAUGAAUUUGCGGCAAACGCGGGCGAGCGCAUGCAUCGCGCCAUCAAUCAUCUAUUCAAUCAGGGCUCCUUCUAUCCGAUGUGUCCGCCGGCGGAUGAGAACAUGUCCUACGACUCGCAGCUGGCCCAGAAAUAUGCACAGCUCAAACAGCUGCCCAAUGUGCUCAUCCUGCCCAGCGAUCAGCGGCACUUUAUACGCCUGGUCAACGAUUGUCUGGUUAUCAAUCCGGGUCGCUUGUCGGACAACAAAGGCGGCACCUUUGCACGCUUUCUGGUCACGCCCACAGCGCCCACAACCUCGUCAAAGCCCAACAUGUUUAAUAGUGUCGUCUGUCAAGUUCAACGUAUUUAAGUUAAUAAACGAACCAAUUUUGAUUCAUAUAUAUAUAUAUGUAUAUAUACAAGUCCAGGAUUAUGUGCCUCAGAUUGUAAGAUGAAAUUGUGGUCCGUCGUAGUACUUUGU